AUGCCACGCCAGACCACGAAACCAGCAGUGUCGAGAGAUUCGCCCUAUUCCACGGACGGCGCUCGUUCGAGGGUACAGAAGGCUUGUGAUCGCUGUAGAAGAAAGAAGACGAAGUGUGAUGGAAGCACUCCUUGUCAGAAAUGCCGAGCUGAAAAUGCUACUUGCAUGUUUGGUGAUCGGAAGAGACAGCGAGAAAAGGUGUAUCCUAAGGGAUACACGACAUUCUUAGAAGAGCAGCAAGGCUGGCUGAUUCAUGGCCUCAGAGAGUUAUAUCGGCACGUGCAGGCCGGGGAUGGCUGGCCUGGAGAACCAUUAAGCUGUGAAGCCGAUGGCCAGCCUCUGGUACACGAUAUCCUGUCUCGGCUGGGAUCCUUGGACCAACCUCAUGUUGAAAGCACAGCAAUUACGGAGAGUGCACAAACCUCCAGGCACCAACAAAAGCUACAAGAUCAAAAUGCCCGACAAAUGCAGCAGCCAAAUCCUUGCAGUGGCUCUCACAGCGUCACCUCAGUUUCGGCUCCGUCAAUUGCUCCCAGCAAUGUCCCAUCACCAACGGUUGACCAAAACCAAAUUUUUGAAGCUGAAAACACCCCAUCUUCGCUAUCGACACAGGAUGUUCCCCAUGCCAAUAGUCUCAACAAUCCAUCCCAGUUGCAUACUAAUAUCAAUCUGGAUGAAUAUACGCCAGACAUUGCGAGUCACGCCGGAUUGUUAUAUAAUGAUGUCCAGACGAGCAGCCCGAUACUCGAGUAUCCCACUGAAAGUGAUCCCGUGGACAUGAAUUUUGAUAUGUUCACGAGCAUAGGUAAUGGCAUUGAUGACUGGGAAAUAUUCUUCGAUCCAUCUAGCAAGGGUCAGUUAUCGACUGAGGGUUAUUUGACGCCAUUUUACGACUCCCAGCCCUUGCCAUUUGAGUAUGCUGCUUAA